GAAUCGGACGUACUGCGGAUCGUGACCCGUUGCGCGCGUUUAAAGUGUGUGUGGUUAUUUUUUGUUGUUGUUGUUUUACGUGCAAUUCGACGCGCGCGCAUAUUUGUAAAAUUGUUUGUUGUUGAACAAAUAUGCAAUAAACAAAAGACGCCAGCUGAAAGGAAAAAAAAAAAAGAAAAGAGGAGCAGCUAGAAAACUUGCCAAUUAUGCGCAUCGCUUUGUGCAAUUGAAAUUGCAGUUGUGAAAACGAAGCCGGAAGCCCAAUUUGCAGCAUCUUAAAAAAGAAAAGGCAGCACAACAUCUAUAGUUCCGGCCGGUGGCAACGCAGGAGCGAAUCUCGCCGCAUAGUCGGCCCGAGAUCAGAACAUCACGUGCCGCAUCAUGACUUUCUACUGGUGGUCGCAUUGGUUCUGGAUAACCUCUCUAAGUGUGCUGCUGGUGCCCAUCACGCAUGUGCACACAUACCCCAGCCAUGAGAUUAGCCCAGAAUCAACUACACAGCAGGAGGAGCGUCUAGUGGAACAGACGGAAGCAGCGGGCCAUGAGACUAACGGCCGUCGGCAAACAACGAAGCUGUAUCAGACUACGUCCAGCCAAACAUGGGCGACGGUCACGCAGCGGAAUAUCAUGGACUUGACCAUUAAGACGACGGCAGAGUCAAGAACAACAGCCGCGUAUACAGAUGUUAUCCAGCAGGAGAGUGUUGACGAUGAGGUCGAAGCUCCUUUCUCUGAUGCCAUCGAUGAUGAUGAUGAUGAUGAUGUCGCUGUCGAUGACGACGACGGCAACGAGAAUGAAAACAUUGAUGAUGACAAUGAGAAUGACGAGGCAACUAUAAAGCUAACACUCUCUCACAAUCAGUUCGAGUUUAAGCGCUCGGCGGACUUUGCGGGAGCUGCCAUUGUACCGUCCGAGCAGCUGAACAACUAUACGAAUUUUAGUCGUAGCACAAGUACAAAUACCAACAACAACAACAGCAGCAGCAGCAGCAGCGUAUGCAAUUCCACGUGCCUAGCAGCUGCCGCCAAGACCAGUAGCCAGGAAGUUAACACUACAACAGCAACACCCGCAACAACAACAACAAUAAUAACAACGACAUCAUUAAGAACACCAACAACAACAAUGAGUCCGUCAACAAAUAGCACAGGUCCAGCAGCACCCGCCACGCCUUCAACGCCAAAAAUCAACACCGAAUGGCUGUCCGAUGAGCUGCAGCGUGUGCCCUUUACCUUGGAAAAUGCCAACAAGGAGGAUGAGUUGCGUCGUGCGGAAAGCGAACAUCGUUCACGCAAAUCGAAAGUGCUAUCCGCUGAAUAUAAGCACAUUAAUCGCUACAUCAAUUUCUCCAGCGACACCAAGAGCCUGCUCACACGCUCCGCAUCGGCAGCACCCAGUGUUUCGGGCUACGAAGCCGAUGAGAGCAACGUUUCCUCCGAGGCGCUGGCAAUUCAACGCACCUAUUUUCUGGAUGCCGGCGCCAUCUCAGCCAUAUGCUUUACGGUCUUUGGUAUUUGCUGUACUGUGGGCACCAUUGGCAUUGUGCUGUAUCGACGGCGGUAUCUGAAUAAGCCGCAGGCGCUAAGCGAGCCCGACUCGAGCGUUUACAUUGACGAUAGCACGAUGCGUGUAAGUGAUAACUCGGAUGAGAUGUAUAGCCUGGACAAUGACUCGUUUCUCAACUCACUGGAGGCGAUGACAAUACAGAACUAUUGGACGGACACUGUCAAACAUACAAAGCUUUAAUUUCUGACGUCUGUUGCGGAUGCAUUCCAACUAGCCCCCUGUUAUUUAACCAUAUGUUCAGUAUUCCUUCCAUAUACUAUAUUGAGUAGCACACCCCAUCCCACAACAACUAACCUUUUGCCCAGCCCAACAGACAACACACACAGAAACAACAAACAAACACAUCAUAAUUAUUAAGUAGGCGCCAGAGUGCGCAGUUUAGCAUUUAAGUGGGGGCCCCUCAGUGGGGCCAGUUGUAUGUAUUUACUAAUUGAUAGGCAUUCGUGCAGCUCAAAGGGCUUGUAUGCAACCAAGCGAGCAACUAGUUUAAGCCAACUACCAAAAUUAUGUUUAGUCUAUUUUAAGGUCGCAAAUUUAUUUGCUAGAUUUAAAUGUUGAUACUAUCUGCAAUGCGAUGGUUUAGCACGAUUCAGUUCUACCAACAAAACUACAUACGUACAUAUAUAGGUGUAUCUGAAUUUAUGUAUGCAGCUUUCCAUAUAUUCCAUUCUAUUGAACUCAGUUUUAUUUGAAUUUUUCUAUGUGACUCGUUUUUGUAGCAACUUAGCUUAUAUAUAUGUUUUACUAUUUAUGCAAUUAUAUUUUUAAUAUUGUUGAGUAUUUUGUCAGAUAAUUUCGUUUCGUUCGUUUUUUCGUGAUUAAUAUUUAAUAUUUAUAAAAUGAUUAGAUCUGUGUCUGUCCAACAAUUAAACGCAAUCAUUCCUUCCAGUUUAGCAUAUAGUGCAACUUUAUAUGAAAUUAUUGUAUUACAAAAUAAAUUAAAUAAUACCACUAAAGAUUCUAACACAAUAUUGACUGUUUACUGCCACUAGACUUUUUGUCGAAUUUUGCUCGUCGAAUUUGUUAAGACACGAGCUUAAACUAAUAUGCCCAUUAUUAAACGUUAGAAUGGUAAAUAUAUAACGAACAUUUCAAAUAACUGUUGCCAUCGGCUUAUUGGCUAAAAUUGCAAACAUUGAAGCAGCUGUACCUAACUUUGUUAAGUUCUUACUCUACGCACUAUUACAAACAAUACAAAUUUUUUCUUUUUAAUGUAGACAAUCCGUUGGAAAUAAUAAAAUGUA